AUGAUUCAUCCUAAAAGCAUUGUCGUUUUCUCAAACAAAUCUCAUCCUUCUGCCCCUUUUUCUUUGGAGAUAUAUUUGGUCAAAUCGACACUGGGUUUAAAGGCAAUUGUGUGGUGGACUGGUGGCGUUCAUUUACCAGGCAUGGGAUCAAAACUAGAGCAUGCCCAUAUUUCUACUAGCAACAAACUCAUAUUUCUCGGCAUUGGAUGA